AUGACUGAUAGUGAGAAUAAAAGUGAACGUCCACACCAAAGAAGACAUCCUCAACUGCUUCGCCAGAUGGAACAGGAUGAAAUUACCUUUGUACAACCUAACACUAAUGAAAAGGAAUAUAGUAAUGGUAGUAGUAGCUGGAAGACUCCAAAACAGCAUGGUCCCGACAGACUUUCAUUGCAUACAGAACAUGCUACAACAAGUGAUAAACCCACGUGUUCUUCACCAAUGGAAAGUGAUAAACAACAACAGCCACCCCACAGUAACCGUCAUCAUCUUCCACCAACACAAGAUAGUCGGACUAGCAGUAGUACUGGAAGUGGAGCAACCGGGGGUACAAGUGCAGGAAGUCAAAGCAGUGGAAGUAAACAAGGCAGUGGCAGUGGGAGUAGCGGGGGUAAGCCUAGAUUGGCUGGUUCAGGUGCACUUAGUCGUGGUACACGAUGCAGUAGUAGUGCUUCAUCGUCAACUGAAGAGACUGAGGCACGUGAAAAACGCUUCGGUAGUGUAGAUCUCCAUCCUUUGCCUAGUGUUGCACUAACAGCUAUGAUGAAUCAGGCAAUGCGACGUAGUUUGUAUACUGAAUCGUCUAUUCAAAAUACUGAACAAAUUCAAUAUGCUACACUACUGGCAGCGCAUAAAAGUUAUGCAGAUUCUUCUGGUCAAAUUGAUGUACAGUUAAGUGCAGCAUCUGUCCCGCAGUCGAAAAAUGAUCUAGUCAGUCUGUUGUCACAACAAACAGCAACUCGUAAUAAUAUUAAUAAUAAUAAUAAUUCAAAUUCUCCAGAAUCAUCUGUUUCUAAUAAUACGACUGCUGGCCAGAUGGAUACACCACAGUUGAAUCAAAAUUUUCUACUGCAAUUAUUUCCACCUAACUUAUUGUCAAGAUUAAUCUGCCCUGUUCAUGCGGAUUCUUUACUUGCCCAACUAUCUCAUAGUCUUUUAAUACGAAAUAAUAAUAAUAAUGUGACAAAAAAUGAACAGAUUACUGGAAAUAUGACAUCUAUACGGACAGUGGGCGAUGAUGGUGGCGCUGGUGGUGGUGGGGAUAUCAAUGCUAACAGUAUGAGACGACAGUCAACAAACACAGCGACACCUACAACCCUACCAACAACAACAACAACAACAACAACCACUACUCCUACAACUCCACCUACUGCGUUAUCAGCAACUGGUAUCAUCCCGAGUAUACCACCAGUAGUACAAUAUCCAGGUAGUAUGACAGAGUCAAAUAGCAGCACAACUGCUAAUAAUAUGAUUAGUAGUACUGGGAAUAAUAAUAAUAAUAAUACUAAUCAAGCCGGUGGUGGUCCUCAGCGUAUUGGUCUAUAUUAUCUUGGUCCUACACUUGGUCGGGGUAAUUUUGCUGUUGUCAAAUUAGGAAAACAUUCUCAGUUAGCUGUAAAGGUUGCCAUUAAAAUUAUGAAUAAAGAUUUAAUAGGUUCUAAAAACCUGGGGAAAGUUUCACGUGAAUUAGAAGCUAUGAAACGUUGUCAACAUCCUCAUAUUAUUCGAUUAUAUCAUGUUAUGGAAACGGAAUCAAAUAUAUUCAUGGUUACAGAAUAUGCUAGUAAAGGUGAAGUAUUCGAUCAUAUCAGCUUGUCGCAUGCAUUCACUGAGAAAGAAGCUAGAGAAUUAUUCUGGCAAAUUGUUUGUGCUAUUGAAUUCUGUCACAAUUCUGGUAUUGUACAUCGAGAUUUAAAAGCGGAAAACUUAUUGUUAGAUUCUGAUUUUAAAAUUAAAGUUGCUGAUUUUGGAUUUUGUAAUUUUUUUCAAAAUGAUCAAUUACUGUCAACUCAUUGUGGUAGUCCUCAGUAUGCUGCACCAGAAUUAUUUAAAGGUGAACCAUACGACGGAACUUUGGCUGAUGUCUGGAGUUUAGGUGUUAUCCUAUACAUUCUUGUGUGUGGUUCAUUCCCAUUCCCCGGUGAAUCACUUGGCGAUAUUCGUACUCAAGUACUUCGUGGUCUUGUACGCUUUCCGUUUUAUCUGUCGACUGCUUGUGAACAAGUAAUCCGUUGUAUGCUACAAGUGGAUCCUAUUCGUAGAUUUAAAUUGAAACAGGUUAUGACAACAGCAUGGAUGCUGGAAUCCCGAAUUAAAAUUGCUAAAGAAGAAUAUUUGGAAAGGAUAGAACGCAAGUUAGAUAUUGGUAUUAUCAAGGCCUUAUCAAGUGAAGCGGGUUUAGAUGAAGAACAGAUUCGUCAGUCCACUAUUCAACGAAAAUAUGAUCGGCAUCAUGCUGCUUAUGAAUUAUUAAAGGAUAAAAUCAAGUUCUUCUAUCAUAAUCCUAUCCUACGACGUUUUGUGAAUGAUGAAUUACAAAAAGAAAUGAACAAAUCGUGUACAACACUAAGACAAAAUCAAAAUCCGUCAUGGCAAUCGACGUCUAGUGUUAUUCCUGGAUGUCGAUCACGCGGUGAACAGAUGACGUCGAGCAGCACACCGUCGACACAGUUAGCCACAGUACCUGAUGUCCUGGAUGAAACAAUGUCAGAAGGACAAGCGCAGUCGACUGAUAUACAUAUGUCUAGUGAUUCAAGUGAUAUAUCAGAUGUUCAAAUGAAGGAUAAUUAUUCCUCUGUGCCUGAUUCCAGCAUUGAAAGCAAUAAUGUUGCUACCACUACUACUACUAUUAUCCCUACAAAUACUGAUCCCACAACUACUGCUGCCUUACUGGCAUCAAGUUCUAACAUUAUUCCUGGAAAUACAUAUGUUAAGGAUGAUAAACAAAAUGAUGGGCAGGUCAGUGGGAGAAAACAGAAAGAAGGCAGUCUAAAGGAGUGGAAAAGUGCUUCGCAGCCCAAGAAUACAGAGUUGAGCGCUGCAAUACACAUCCUAAAAGCUGAUGAAGAUGAAAUCCUCUCACAUUUCGGCAUAGAUCCAAGUCCAAUGACUAAAUCAUCCUUUUCAAACUCAACUCGACGACAUACCCUCCAAUUUGCUACAUCUCUAUUUCACAAGCCAUCUCAUCAUCGUGAUAAUGCAGAUAGUAUCAUGACAGCAAACAAUGGGGAUGAUGAUGACGACGGUGAUGAUAAUGGUGUUGCUGAUGAUGACAAAGCUGGUGGUAGCCUUCAACCUGUACAACCGAAUACAACUUCAGCGACCACUUCAGAUACCACCUCCCCCCAGGGAGUUUUAGAUGGAGCAGCGAAUAAACUACAUGAGCAAAGUGAUGUUGACAAUAAGAAUAAGAAUCCAAAUCAGGGGAACGCAUCUACUACUGAAGGGAAUAGUACAAAACGGUCUACAGUACGUCGGUUUCCACGACAAAUCACUCAACCACAUCCAAAUCGAUUACAGUAUAAUCAAAAUAAUGCUGAAAAUUCUGAUCAAAUGUUACGCAAUCGGUUAGAUUGGAUGCCAAACACUUGGGAGACGACAACUCAGUCCGAGUUUAAAAAACCCUGA